AUGGAGGCGCUAAGCGGUUGGACUUUGGCGCUGUUGCGCCUGCUGAGCGCUCUGCACUGGUCCUGGACAUGGUCGCCAGCGCGCACGGAGCACCCGCUAGCCAACAGCUAUUUGAAUGCGGCCCAAAGACCGCUGUGGAUACUCGAGGAUGAACUGAUGAAGCGCCAGCGUGCGGACAGGCAGGAGGCGGACUAUACCACAAACACGCGUGCCCCAACCUUGCGAAGAAGUGCACGUACACACAGCCGGCAGGAACGGCAGGAACAGCUGGAGCAACAGCAUCUGCCCACAGCCAUAACAAUACGCGUGCGACCGGACUCGGAGUCUGAUACGUCGCGGCUGGUGGCACCACCGCUGGCUGCACCACUUACACAGCGACGCUUUUUACUGCCGCAUCGCUUGCAACUACCGAGCCAUUACAUUCAGCAGCUGGGUGGGACGCCGUCUAAGCCCAGGUUGGCGCAGCGCCGGCGCCAGCCGCAGUCGCUGCCCAUUUUUGACAGUGCACCCGGAGACAAUGCGCUGCCCACUGCCAGCUAUCCGAUCUUUGUCUACAAUGGCACCAGGGGUGAGCUGCUAAUCAACACCAUGCUGAGCGCCCAGCGCUAUCCUAUGCAGGAGCCGGUGCCCGGCCAGGUGCUCUAUCCGCCCUCCACGCCCAUGUUCCGACCUAAGCCCAUUGUGAAGCGCUUAAAAUUGCCCGGUCAGCGGGAGCUGCUCAAUUUGACAUUGAUUCCCUUCUACGCCCACGAGGCUAUCACCGUAAUGUCCACAUUUGAGACAACAACAGAAGCAUACAUGGCAGAUGCUGCUCCAGAUCCAGCAGCUGCUCCAGCAACUGCAACGGCAGCUGAGCCCCUGGCACUGACCACCCCCAUGCCGACGCCCUAUGAAACGCAGCUGCCGCGGAGCAAGCGCAAGAGGAAGUCCAAAAAGGCGAAGCAGUACAGCGCCUAUCGUUCGCCCCAGGAAGUGGUGCAGUGGCAGCCACCGCUGCGUAGCUCGCCAGCACUGGACCCACCCGACAAUCAUCGCCACUACGUGAUGCCAACCACCGAAAGGACGGACAGAGCAAGCAGCAGCAGUAGCAGCAGCAGCAGUAGUUCUCCUUCUUCAUUUCAGAUCAUCUAUGUGGACGAGAGCAUGGAAGCACCUCACGAUUCGCUGGCCAGCACCACAGAAGCUCCACCGCUGCAGCGCCAGAGCUCCCGUUAUGCCUUGAAGCGUGAGUACUACGCGUUUCCUGUCUACACGCUGGGUAAGCUGCUGCAGAGUCCCAAGCCUGUCCAGGCAAGCCACAGAGCACGAGACAUAGAGAUCGAUUGCUCGGGUGGUUCCAAGGAGCAUGGUGACAAUACCUGGUUCAUUUUGAAUUCACGCUACAGGGGACCACAUCGCAAUGGUCAGAAGGGGAGCAAGGAGCACACCAAGUAUUAUACAUCCAAGUAUGUACAAGGCCGUGCUCCUCGGUAG